GACUUUCUAUGGCUGAUGACGGAGGAACCGCAUCGGACGAGGAGGAUGGCGAUCAUGAAGGCUCAUCCUGAGGUGACCAAGCUCAUGGGUCAUGAACCACUCACGAAAUACGUUGUACUCCUCGUCGUAUCCCUACAAGUUGGUCUCGCAAUCUACCUUCGUCAUACCUCACCUCUGUCACCAUUGUUUAUCUUUUGUGCAUACGCUAUUGGGGGGACGGCCAAUCAUAACUUGUUUUUGGCGAUUCACGAGAUAACACACAAUCUUGCCUUCAAGAGCAUCAUACCCAAUAAGCUCCUGGCCAUUUUCGCAAACUUACCCAUUGGCAUCCCUUACUCUGCAGCCUUCAAGGGAUAUCAUAUUGAGCAUCACAAGUUUAUGGGUCAGGACAAGAUAGAUACCGACUUGCCAACAAACUUUGAGCUGAUAUGCCUCAAUAACGUCUUCGGCAAAGUUUUCUUUGCGACAUUUCAGAUACUUUUUUACGCCCUCCGACCAGGGUUUGUUCGUGCCCAGCGCUUUUCACGUUGGCACUUUCUCAACUUGCUCGUGGAGGUCAUUUUUGACUACAUUCUCGUAUCCACCUUUGGUGCUCGCCCCCUCAUAUACUUAAUUAUGAGCAGUUUCUUCGCUGGUAGCCUACACCCAUGCGCUGGCCAUUUCAUUGCCGAACAUUACCUCUGGGACGGUAUGGAGCAGGAAACGUUCAGCUACUAUGGUCCGUUGAACAUAUUAGCGUACAACGUCGGAUACCACAACGAGCACCACGAUUUUCCGUCAAUCGCAUGGACUCGACUGCCAGCGCUCCGUGCGCUUGCACCUGAGUUUUACGACAAGAUACCAUCUCACCCAUCAUGGCCAAUGGUGAUUGUCAAUUUCAUUCGGGAUAAGGAAGUAGGCAUCUUCGCAAGGGCGAAACGGCUAGGCAAGGGCCGAGUGCUGGACUUCAAGGCGGAACAGAAUAAUUCUUCAGAGUAUACCGCCGUGGCCCACGACGGGUGCUCGGAUUCGGAUAAAAGCGAGUGA